AUGCCGAAAGGUACUCUUAAUUCUCACCCUUUACGCUACAGUAUAUUGAUCGGCUCGAGUUGUUUGGCCCUCGUCUUCACCUAUCCGCUAUUCAAACGUUUUACUUAUUGGCCCCAAUUAAUGUUAGGUAAGCUUGUCUAUUUAAGCUUAUCAGCCAUUUCUAGGGGCAACCCUCAACUGGGGCGCUUUGUUAGGCUAUACUGCCGAUUCACCUUCAAUUGGGGAGUUUUCCUCGGUUUUUCUGCUAUUAGUGGCGCAUGCCCCCUCAUGAUCUGCCUUCCGCUUUACUUUUCUGCUGUCGCAUGGACUGUCGUAUACGAUACUGUUUAUGCUCAUCAGGACAUAAAGUACGACAAGGAGUUGGGUUUAAAGUCGACAGCCAUUCUCUUCGGGGAUGAUACAAAGAAGUGGCUUUCGGUAUUUGCCCUUGCGAUGGCGACGAACCUUGGAAUUGUUGGAAUCGCAUCCCAAUCGGGGUGGGUGUACUUUCUGGGCGCAGGCCUUUCCAUGAUUCGCCUGGGGUUCUCACUCUACAAGACUGAGCUACACAACCCAGCUAGCUGCUUUGGCUUCUUUCGUGACAACCGUCAUGUCGGAAUGAUGUUGUUCGCAAGCAUAGCUCUUGAUCGGUAUCUGCAGGGUACAAUUUUGUCUUGA